AUGCUGGUGGAAAGAGGUGUGAACCUCGUAUCUCAUUAUGGCGCGACGGAGAUGGGCCAGCUCAUGACCUCGUUGAGAGACCCUGAGAAAGACAAAGCUUGGAACUACGUUCGUCCUCUGGCGAAAGUUAAGCCAUAUUUAUUAUUCGAUGAGAUCUCCACUGGCACAUUUGAGCUGGUAGUCCUUGACGGCUUACCCACCAAAACAAUCGCCAAUUCCGAUGACCCGCCGAAGUCCUACCGCACUCGAGACACCUUUGUGAAGCAUCCCUACAUUACCGAUGCAUGGAAAUACCUUGGCCGUCUUGACGACCGCAUCACAUUAUUCAAUGGCGAAAAGGUCCUUCCUGUUCCCUAUGAGCAUCACAUCAGAAAGCACGAUAUGGUGCACGAUUGUCUGGUGUUUGGUGUGGGUCGAGCGUUCCCCGGCUUACUCCUCUUUCCAAGCGUUCAUGCGACCAACAAAACUUCUGAAGAAAUCCUGGACAUCGUAUGGCCGACAAUACAAGAAGCGAAUGAAAAGGCCGAGAAGUUUGGUCAUGUGUCCCGUGAGAUGGUCAAGAUCCUGCCCCUGGGUACAGAACAUCCUCGCACAGAUAAAGGAACCAUCAUUAGAGCUGCAUCCUAUGAGCACUUCAAGGAUGUCAUUGAAGACGUGUACAGGCAAUUUGAAACAGUCAAAAAUGCUAGUCGCUUAGCAUUGGACGUCCCAGAACUUCAAGAAUACCUGUUCAAACUCCUGUCUGAGCGAAUCGGAGUUAAAGGUCUUGAUCUUCAAAAAGACUUCUUUGUUGCUGGUAUGGACAGCUUACAGGCAAUCAUCGCUCGUGCUAGCCUAGUUCGAGAGCUAGACCUUGGUAAGCAAGAACUAGGCCAUCAAGUUGUGUUCGAGUAUCCCAGUGUAUCGCAACUAGCCGAGUACCUAUUCUCGCUGCGCAUGGGGUCAGUGCGGCAAGAAAAGAGCGAGGAGGAAGUCAUGGAAGAAUUGGUAGACAAAUAUACCAUGAACUUCGGAUCCUUCAAGAGAGGAACGAAGAUUCCAGAUGGCGAGGUAGUUGCGCGACGGGUUCCCUUGGUGCUCACAUCUUAA